AGGGCCCCUGCUGCCACCCCCGGCCCUGCCAGCCGCCCACCCUGGGCUGUGGACCCCUCGUUUGCCGAGCGCUACGCCCCGGACAAGACGAGCACGGUGGUGAGCAAGCACAGCCAGCCGGCCACGCCGACCCCCAUGCAGAACCGCAGCUCCAUCGUGCAGGCAGCCCAGCAAGCCCCCGAAGGGCCCGGCCGUACACCCCUCUGCUACAAGUGUAACAAGGUCAUCAGGGGACGCUACCUGGUGGCACUGGGACAUUAUUACCACCCCGAGGAGUUCACUUGCUGCCAGUGCAGGAAGGUGCUGGAUGAGGGCGGCUUCUUUGAGGAGAAAGGCUCCAUCUUCUGCCCCAAGUGCUACGACACACGGUAUGCGCCCAGCUGUGCCAAGUGCAAGAAGAAGAUCACCGGGGAGGUCAUGCACGCACUGAAGAUGACCUGGCAUGUGCAGUGCUUCACGUGCGCUGCCUGCAAAACUCCCAUCCGCAACCGUGCCUUCUACAUGGAGGAGGGACAGCCCUACUGUGAGAGAGACUAUGAGAAGAUGUUUGGCACCAAGUGCCGUGGCUGCGACUUUAAGAUUGAUGCUGGGGACCGGUUCCUGGAGGCGCUGGGGUUCAGCUGGCAUGACACUUGCUUCGUCUGUGCGAUCUGCCAGACCAACCUGGAA